AUGGCCAGCGCCGGCCCGCAUCGAGCCUGGGGCAGGCCGGGUGUCCCCGCCGCUCUCUCUCCGUGUCUCCUCGAUUCUCAAUAUUCCACCGCUCUCCGUGUCCCCCCGUGCUGUGUCCCCCGCCGGUCCCCUCCCGGCGCUUCCGUCCCCGCCGUGCCGCCCUCUCUGCCCUCCGGUCCCUGUCCCCGUGCCCCGGGUGGCGGCUCCCCGCGGCUGCUCCCUGUCCCCUCGCCGGUCACUCGGCGUCUCCGCCGGCUGCUGCCCCGCGACGAGCCCCGGCGCAGGGGCCGGGCGAGCGGCGGGGGCGGCGGGCAGAGGCGGGUCCCGGACCGGCCCCUCGGGGCCCGCCCGCGGCCGCUGGCCCCGCACCCGGACCCGCCUCAGCAUCUUCCCCUCGCCCUCCCCGGAGCGCGGCCGUUCCCGCACCCGACCAGCGGCACCGGCUCCCCCGCAGCCCCUCUCCUCUCGGGCAGCCCCGGCUCCCCCGCAGCCCCUCUCCUCUCGGGCAGCCCCGGCUCCCCCGCAGCCCCUCUCCUCUCGGGCAGCCCCGGCUCUCCGGAGCGGUGCCGCGAGGGGGAGCGGCGGAGCGAGGCCGCGGGGGUGGGCGGGGGCCGCCAGCGCACCCGAUAG